AAGUCAGCUUUGCUGUGGAAAGCAGCAGCUGAAAACACAGAGAGGGCUGGAAAUGUCGCUCAGUGGUAGAGCACUUGCCUAGCAUGUGGAAGGCCCUGGCUUCAUUUGCCAGCACAGAAGUCUGAGAACUCUGAGAGUGGCAAAUCGGUGGCUGUGUAAUCCAGCUCCCCAGAUAGAGUGAGCAUGUGGGUCAUAUUUGCUACAAUGUCCUGGAUGGUUUCUUUUGUCUCUAGUUAUUUAUAUACAGCAAAUACUUUGCCAGAUAUCAAGAAUGAAGAUUUCAUCAAAGAAUGUGUUCAAGUUCAUAACAAGAAACGGUCAGAAGUGAAUCCAGCAGCCAGAAAUAUGCUACACAUGACUUGGGACCCAGUACUAGCUCAGAUUGCAAAAGCAUGGGCAAAACAGUGUCAAUUUAAACACAACACACAGCUGGAUUCACGGUUGCACCCAAACUUCACUUCACUGGGAGAAAAUAUCUGGACCGGGUCUUUAUCCCUCUUUUCAGUGUCUUCAGCCAUCUCAUCCUGGUACAAUGAAAUCCAGUACUAUGACUUCAACACUCAGAAAUGUACAAAAGUCUGUGGCCAUUACACUCAGGUUGUUUGGGCAGAUAGUUAUAAGGUUGGCUGUGCAGUGCAAUUUUGCCCUAUUGUUUCUGGCGUUACUUUCACAAAUGCAGCACAUUUUAUAUGCGACUAUGGACCAGCAGGAAAUUACCCAACUUGGCCAUAUAAGAAAGGAGCCACAUGUAGUGCCUGCCCCCAAAACGACAAGUGUUUGGACAAUCUCUGUGUUAACCCACAGCGAGACAAAGUUACAGGUUACUACUCUGUUGCAUAUCCAAGCUGGCUCAUAUUUUCCCGUAACAGAUACACAUCUCUCGUUCUUAUCGUUAAAUCGGUACUUCUAAUACUGUCUGUUAUAAUGACAAUUUUGGUAAAGCAGAAAUACCCUAAUUUAGUUAUUUUGGACUAAUAUGGAGGGUGGGGGAGGAAGGAUGAUUUAUAGGUGGCUUUUAAAAAUAAAAAACUGGGGGGAUUUCUAAUUUCUAUUUUAAAAAAAUAUGCCACUAUAGUAAAGCCUCAGUCGAAAGAAAAACUGUUCAGCUUCCUAACUGUAUAGGAUAAACUGUGUUUUCUUUCUACUUUUCUAUGAAUAAGUACUGUUUUCAGAUUUCCACAGUUGUACUUCCAGUGACCUGUGUUUCAUCCCUUAAAUCUAUAAAAUCAGUGAGCUGGGUUUAGGUAAUUUUAAGUCUAAUUAAAAACAUUACCACUGUGACCAGGCAUAGUGGCACACACCUGUAACCCCAGUACUUGGGAGGCUGAGGCAGGAGAACUGAAUUUAAAGCCAGCCUGGGCUACACAUGCAACACUAUCUCAAAAUCAAAACAACCCCCAAAAGGAGUAAUCCUCCUCUGCUGCUUCAACCCUCAAGGCCUGGUUUCCCUUGCUCUCUUGCAACUUGAUGUGAAAGGUUCACCACUUUCCCAGACUCAAAAUAAAAUAGAAACUAUGGAAUUU